AUGUAUUUUGUUUUUAUUUGGAUCAAUCGUUGGAAGUCGAUGUUUGGAAUGCUAAUGGCCUUUGGAGUAAUACUACAUUUGAUCGCAAAUGUUAUCGGCACUUCCAUCUUCCUGCUUGCGAGUUCUAGAAAUUAUCCUGGCGGUGAAGCACUCACUUCUCUUCAGUAUUUGCGACAUUUUAAUCGAAACAAACCAGUCUCCGUCUAUAUUGAUAAUUAUGCCGCUCAGACUGGCGUCAGUCGAUUCUUGCAGUGGUAUGAUGCUUGGGAGUAUAAUAAAACGGAAAAUCUGGGACCAUCGCAACUUAAACGAUUCGACUAUUUGUUGAUUGGUUCAUACACAGAACUUGAUAUCGUCAACUUUACCGCACGAAAGUUCUUCGCCACUCAUCGUGUUUUAUAUAACGUUGAAGCAUUCCAGUGA